AUGCGCCCGGACCAGGGGUCUAUAUUCGCGGGAACACUGAUGGCUGAGGCUUCUCAGACACGGCUCCGUCAUCUGUUGGAAUCCAGUGACCCCCCAGAUGAGCCCAAUUUCGCAAAAUUGAAGGCCGCGUACGAUUCGUGCAUGGACGAGAAGAAGAUAACUGAGCGAGGAAGUGAACCGCUGGAUAAGCUGCUGGCCAGUAUUGAACAGAUUUACUCCACGGGCAGGCCAUCUGUGCAAGGGUCCGCCACCAACCUGACUGAUGUGAUAUUGUUUUUGAUGGAGUCUGGCGUGGACGCUCUGGUAGCUCCGUACGUUGGUCCUGAUGAUCGUGCCCCGGACACGAUAGCCAUAUUUGUGAACCCUCUCCGCGAAAUUGGACUCCCCGCAAGGGAGUAUUAUAAUGACACCAAAACCGUUACGGAAUAUAUCACAGUCUUGGAAGAGGUGCUCGGUCAAUUCGUUAGCAGCGAAGCAAAACAGAAAUUGAGUGACGUUGUGGCCUUUGAAGGAAAGCUGGCCGAUGUCACGCCAGAUACCCAAAGCCAGGAAGAUGUGACAAAGUCAUAUAACCCGCACAGUAUCGAAGAGACGCGGACAAUGCUGCCACAGAUCUCUAUACCCGACAUCCUCUCCGCUUUGGCGCCCUCUGAUUUCAAGACCGACCGCUUGAUCUUGGGAUCCCCAUCUUACAUGAAGUCGUUAUCGACUAUACUGAACGAGACGUCGAGAGAUACAAUCCAGCUGUUCUUCAAAUGGAAGAUCGUUCAGGCAUAUUCCGACUACGUCGAAGAUGCAAAGAUUCAACCUCUUCGUGAGUUCAACAACAAGAUGGCAGGAAAGGACCCCAAAGCUACCGAGGAACGAUGGCGCAAAUGCAUUCGUUCUCUGGACAGUGAUCUCGGCUGGAUACUUAGCCGGUUCUACGUCCUUGAUGCCUUUUCCGAAGAAUCGAAGAAGCUCGGCGAUAAGAUCGUGUCCGAUAUCAAAGAGCGAUUUGUGUAUACCCUCGGUGAAACGAAAUGGAUGUCCGCGGAAGUGAGAGAUUUGGGCAUCAAGAAGGUUGGAAACAUUGUGCAGAAGAUUGGCUAUCCUACCAAGAGUCCCAAUGUGAUGGACCCGGGGGACGUCGAAAACUACUAUAAGGAUCUGGACAUUUCCAGUGAUUCGUUCUUUGACAAUGCAUUGGCAGCGGCGAAAUUCGAGGUGCACAGAGAGUGGUCGAAGUUGGGUAAACCGACCAACCGGGAUGAAUGGGACAUGACUGCUUCCACUGUGAAUGCCUAUUACAACCCUCCUGGGAAUGAAAUUGUCUUCCCGGCUGGAAUCAUGCAACCGCCCACCUUUUAUGGACCGUCCGCACCUCUGUAUCUGGCAUACGGAGCAUUCGGUGCCGUCAGCGGGCAUGAGCUUUCACACGCAUUCGACUCGACUGGAAGACACUAUGAUGAAACCGGAAACUAUACCGACUGGUGGGAUGAGAAAACGGUCGAAGGGUUUGAGGAGCGUGCACAAUGCUUUGUGGACCAAUAUUCCGAGUUCACUGUGCCGGGCAAGGACUCCGAACCUCUCCAUGUGAAUGGACGCCUUACGCUUGGUGAGAAUAUUGCAGACGCUGGCGGUAUUGGGGCGGCGUUUCAUGCCUGGAAGAAGCGUGAAGAGGCAUCGCCGGACCCUCAACUGCCCGGACUGUCCAAGUUCACCAAAGAGCAGCUCUUCUUCAUCUCCUAUGCUAAUUGGUGGUGCGGCAAAUCCACCCUGGAGGCUGCUCGGGAAGCCAUCUACAACGAUCCCCAUGCGCCCAAGCCUGCGAGGAUUCUGGGAACGAUGGCAAACGCUCGAGAGUUCAAAGAGGCUUUUAACUGUCCGACCAAAAAACCCGUCUGCAAGCUCUGGUAG